ACUGCGUGCGGGGGAAGUUAAGUGGGCCAGGCACUGGUUGCAGGAGGUGUGGUAUAUGCGACGCGAUCGGGGCACUUCAGAUAACUCGGGUGGCCAAUAUGAAGGACACGCUGGCAAGGCGAGGCUUGUGCCCUGGAGAGAAGGGUCAGGCUGCGUGGUGGCGGAGGGCGCGGUGCGCACAGGCGGCCCGUGUUCUCGGGGUGACCGCACACGAGGGGGCAAAGCGGGCUCCAGUUUCCGACCAGGGCCACAGGGCUCAGGAGUUUGGUUUGUCGGCCCUGGCGCUGACCUUUGCCACACCCCGGCCGUGCAAGCCCCGGGACCAUUCCCGAUGCCCCAGGCACUGGAGGUUCGGAUGCAGGGAAUCUUCCUGACCACAAAUCUCUGCUAGGGAGGCCGCCCGGGGUCCGGAAACUCGUGCAGCCUGCUGCGAAGCUGCGUGGCUUUGUCCUAUGCAGCAACACAAGACUCGCAGGACCGAGGGACAGGUGGCCUUCGUAGCCCCGGGGAGCCCGGCCCACGCAUGCGCAGCGCCCUGCUACCUUGGACUACAACUCCCGCGGUUCCCCGCUCGCGGCCCCGCCCCCGCCGCCCGGAAGUGGAGCUCCGUGGCGUGUCAGCUACCUCUACGCGGGGGCGGACAGGCUGCUGGCUUAGGGAGGCGGCGGGAGCUAGGAGCCCGAUGCCGGCGAACGGAGCCGGAGAUGGCUUCGGCGGGAGGCGGCGACUGCGAGGGCGAGGGCGCCGCGCCGGAGGCGGACCGUCCUCACCAGCGGCCCUUCCUCAUCGGGGUGAGCGGCGGCACCGCAAGUGGGAAGUCGACUGUGUGUGAGAAGAUCAUGGAGCUGCUGGGACAGAACGAAGUAGACCACCGCCAGCGGAAGCUGGUCAUCCUGAGCCAAGACAGCUUCUAUAAGGUCCUGACCGCAGAACAGAAGGCCAAGGCCUUGAAGGGACAGUACAAUUUCGACCACCCAGAUGCUUUUGAUAACGAUCUGAUGCACAGGACUCUGCAAAACAUUGUGGAUGGCAAAACUGUCGAGGUCCCAACUUACGAUUUUGUGACCCACUCAAGGUUACCAGAGACCACGGUGGUCUACCCUGCAGACGUGGUCCUGUUUGAGGGCAUCUUGGUAUUCUACAGCCAGGAGGUCCGGGACAUGUUCCACCUGCGCCUCUUUGUGGACACCGACUCUGACGUCAGGCUGUCGAGAAGAGUUCUCCGGGACGUGCACCGCGGGCGGGACCUGGAGCAGAUUCUCACGCAGUACACCACCUUCGUCAAGCCAGCCUUCGAGGAGUUCUGCCUGCCGACAAAGAAGUAUGCUGAUGUGAUAAUCCCUCGAGGGGUUGACAACAUGGUUGCUAUCAACCUGAUCGUGCAGCACAUCCAGGACAUUCUGAACGGUGACAUCUGCAAAUGGCACCGAGGGGGGUCCGACGGGCGCAGCUCCAAGAGGACGUUUCCAGAGCCGGGAGACCAUCCUGGAGCGCUGGCCCCAGGCAAACGGUCACACUUGGAGUCCAGCAGCAGGCCCCACUGAUAAGCAGGGUGCUCAGCUUUCUGGGCAGGUCCCCCAAACCCGCGUUCAGGGUCUGGGCCCAGAGACGCCCGCCUGCCUCUAAAAAUGUAGCCACUGCUUCCUGCCUGCACCCGUACAGGUGGCGGGGUCAAGGCGCCUAAUGCGGGGACACCCCACUCCACUCGACAGGCACUCCUUCCUCAUGUGAAGGGUGUUUAAGUCUCUAGGUUACUGAGAAAUGUCACAGAAUAUCUCAUAAGCAAGUCACGUAUCUUGGGGAACACUGAGGAAACAGCCCGGACGGGUGGCUGUUCCAGUGUGUCUGACAGUGAACCCACAGCGAGAGGCACUUCUAGAGUGACCUGGAUUCACACACACGACAUAGACCUGAAACGAAAGUCUGGGGAGAGAACGCUUUCCCCUCUUCAUGUGUUACAUGUCCAAGUGCUUUGUGUUUCUGUCUGUCACUGUACCCUGCUCGUGACCUGUUGUUCCAGUUCUGGGGCCCACUAACAGGUCGGUCUAACCUGGUGGGUGCGCAGUGAUGAGGGGGCCGUUCGCAUGCCUCUUCCCCGCUGGCACAGGCAACACGGGCGGCAUCCAGGAAGGAAUCCUGGAGAACAAGCCAUUUCUUUAACCAUCAAAUGGAUGUUGGGCCUCCUGCUCCCACCAGCCUGCCCGGGCCCUGCAGGUGGGGCAGAAGGCGGGCUGGCCCGUAGUGACCAGGUGCGGCCCCGCGUGGGGCCAGGCCUCCCGCCCUAGUUGAGCCCAGGGUGCCUUCUGGACAGGCCUUCCUGCAAAUCCUGGGGCUGAGUCCAGGGCACCCUGUCUCAGGGCAGGGCUUGCUCUGGCCCGGAGAGGUGGGAGCAGAGCCAGCCUCCCUGUGCUCACCUGCCGUCCGUGGCCUCACAAGUGGUCCCUGUGGUGUGUCUGCUGGCUUGUCUUUCCUCCCAUGUGGCAGCUGCUUCUGUAAACGUGACCCUGGCCCGUCGCCACCAGCUAACUACGUGGGCGCUUCUGGCUUCUACUGAGUAGCAACUGCAGUUACACGAGAUGUGGCAUCAGCUGAGCCUGGCUGAGCUCCGUGGCUGGUUUCUGAUGACUGAGUUUUGUCAAGCUUAUUGUGCCCUUUUGGAGAGAGAAUCAAUAAAUAACACCAAAUACAAAGCCAA